ACGAAAAAUCAAACAGCGCUCUCAUUUCCCCUCAGCAGUCGCACUUAAAAUAGGAAAAUCUUCGUCGGAAGCCGACAUAAAGCCUUCUAAUUCCCCGCUCGAGUCGCCUUAAAAGAGAAUUUUUCCGCCUAAAACUCUCUUUCUUCAAUGGCGGCCUGCUUCUCUCUAUUUCUUUCACGUUUCAGUACUUUUAGGCAUCGUUUUCAGUAUGCGUAGGUUAAGCACUUUAACAAUCCCUGCGUUUUGAAGGGAAGUGGAUAUAUACAUAUAUUUUCUUUAUUGGUUUGGUAAAUGGAAGAGUCUGGGCAGCUGAAACGUGCGUUUAUAGAUGCUACGGCAGGGGCGAUCUCGGGCGGUAUUUCUCGGACGGUGACUUCACCCCUCGACGUUAUUAAGAUUAGGUUUCAGGUUCAACUGGAGCCAACUUCUUCAAUGGCUUUACUUCGCAGAGAAUUGUAUGGAACAUCAAAAUAUACUGGGAUGUUGCAAGCAACUAGAGACAUUUUUAGAGAGGAAGGCUUGCCGGGUUUUUGGAGGGGUAAUGUCCCGGCACUACUUAUGGUCAUGCCUUAUACUGCCAUACAAUUUACGGUGUUGCACAAGUUGAAAACUCUUGCAGCAGGUUCAUCCAAGUCAGCGGAUCACAUUCAUUUGAGUCCUUAUUUGUCUUACAUAAGUGGGGCAUUAGCAGGAUGUGCUGCAACUGUUGGAUCAUAUCCAUUCGAUCUUUUGCGAACCAUUUUAGCAUCUCAGGGUGAACCAAAGGUUUAUUCUACCAUGAGAUCUGCUUUUGUUGAUAUAGUCAAAACCCGUGGCUUUACUGGGUUGUAUGCUGGAUUAUCCCCAACUCUUGUCGAGAUCAUUCCUUAUGCUGGAUUACAAUUUGGCACUUACGACACGUUCAAGCGCUGGACCAUGGAGUGGAACAGAUUAAGAUCUUCUCAGCUAAGCUCAAUCCAAGCAGAUUACAGCCUCUCGAGCUUCCAGCUCUUUCUUUGCGGAUUAGCAGCUGGCACGUGUGCCAAAGCUGCUUGUCACCCCUUGGAUGUGGUCAAGAAGAGGUUCCAGAUUGAAGGGCUACAAAGGCAUCCUAAGUAUGGGGCACGAGUAGAGAGACGGGCCUACAAAAACAUGUCCGACGCGCUAAGACGGAUCUUACGGACAGAAGGCUUGGCUGGCCUUUACAAAGGUAUUCUUCCCUCCAUUGUAAAAGCAGCCCCAGCAGGUGCUGUCACAUUUGUGGCCUAUGAGUCCACCUCCGACUGGUUAGAGUCCAUCUUGACUUGAAGAAAAUUGACAUGAUUCUGAUUUUUCUUUUUUCUUUUUUCCACACUCCAAUCUUUGCUAUUGUAAUCCGUGCCA